ACCCCACUUCACCCAUCUGCCCUGCACGUACGGGGGGUUUAGUGUAUAUAUAGAUCCUCUCAAUCAUUGGUACUGGUGAGGGCACACUUCACUCCACCAGUCUCGCACGGAAGAUCCCGACGGCAGCUCGUCCAGGAUCCUUCUGAUAUACCAGUACUACCACUAUGUGUGACGACGACGCGACCGCGCUGGUCUGCGACAAUGGGUCUGGCCUCUGCAAGGCUGGCUUUGCCGGUGACGACGCUCCCCGCGCCGUCUUCCCCUCCAUCGUCGGCCGUCCUCGUCACCAGGGUGUGAUGGUCGGUAUGGGUCAGAAGGACGCCUACGUCGGUGAUGAGGCCCAGAGCAAGAGAGGUAUCCUGACUCUCAAGUACCCCAUCGAGCACGGCAUCAUCACCAACUGGGACGACAUGGAGAAGAUCUGGCAUCACACCUUCUACAACGAGCUGCGUGUUGCCCCUGAGGAGUCCCCAGUCCUCCUGACGGAGGCUCCCCUCAACCCCAAGGCCAACCGUGAGAAGAUGACACAGAUCAUGUUCGAGACGUUCAGUACUCCUGCCAUGUACGUGGCCAUCCAGGCCGUACUGUCCCUGUACGCCUCUGGUCGUACCACAGGUAUCGUGCUGGACUCCGGUGAUGGUGUUACUCACACUGUCCCCAUCUACGAGGGUUAUGCUCUUCCUCACGCUAUUAUGCGUCUCGACUUGGCUGGACGUGAUCUUACCGAUUACCUUAUGAGGAUUCUCACAGAGCGAGGCUAUUCCUUCACCACUACUGCCGAACGUGAAAUUGUCCGCGAUAUCAAAGAGAAGCUUUGUUAUGUUGCUUUAGAUUUUGAAGGAGAAAUGGCACAGGCUGCUGCUUCUACCGCCAUCGAAAAGUCAUAUGAACUUCCUGAUGGACAAGUUAUUACUAUCGGCAAUGAACGAUUCCGUUGUCCUGAGGCUCUCUUUCAGCCUUCUUUCCUUGGAAUGGAAUCUAGCGGUGUCCAUGAAACAGUAUAUCAGUCUAUCAUGAAGUGUGACGUUGAUAUCAGGAAGGAUCUGUACGCUAACACUGUCAUGUCUGGUGGUACCACCAUGUACCCUGGUAUUGCUGACCGCAUGCAGAAGGAAAUUACUACACUGGCUCCCUCCACUAUCAAGAUCAAGAUCAUUGCUCCUCCCGAGCGUAAGUACUCCGUCUGGAUCGGUGGCUCCAUCCUGGCCUCUCUCUCCACCUUCCAGUCCAUGUGGAUCACCAAGGAGGAGUACGACGAAUCCGGCCCAGGCAUCGUCCACCGCAAGUGCUUCUAAGCCGUGCGUUGUUAUCCUUCAGCAUAUUCAUUUAAUAACGUGUUACUGGAGACAACUUACACUCUUAAUAUUCUGUUGCCUCAGCUAAAAGCAGUGUUUAGCCCACAUUGGGUAAUGUGACACCUUCCUCUUGUCAUUAAAAUUAUUUUGCUAUUAUAUGCACAAUGGAUUUAUUCUUGAAAUAAAACAGUAUCUUCCUUA